CUCUUCUCUGCCUCUGUUCACGCUCACACGCACGAGCCCACAUAGAAAGCUGAGACGCGUUGCGCGCUCUCGGGCGCAGAGCGCGCAACAAGCGGGACCAGCGGAUGGAAAGAGAGAGAGAGAGAAGAGAGAGGAGGACGGAUGCAAGGCGAGGCCAGGAGUGAGGAAACCUUAUCUCUCCUGCUUUUCCAGCUGUUGUCUUUGUCUCUCUCUCUCUCUCUUUUUUUUUUUUAAUUCCCAGGAUGAUUUUAUAAAGCAUUUUUUUUGUUUUCCCUUUUAAAGCAAGAAAACAGACGUGAGAAAAUCUCAACGUCCGUCCUGAUGUGUCGCCGCGUUUCAUCACAAUUGGUCAGAGAUGCGGGAAGAGGCUCCUGUCGCGUCGAUGCUGUUUUCCGUUAAAAAAACAAAGACGUGCUCGAUGAACGACGUCGGACACAUGACAGGCGACAACAGCCUGGCUCGGUGAAGAGAAGAAGAGGAAGAGGAGGACGAGAAGGGGCGGGGGGUGGCUCGACAUCGACGGAUGGACGCAAAGCAACCGCGGGUUUGUGCAAUAAUUUGCGCCUAAUUACUGUUCGUGGCGGCUGAUCGGGGAGCUAUUUUUGCCCAGUUCUUUCUGACAUCCAUCCGUCCGUCCAUCCAUCCAUCCCGGAGCUGUAAGGCCUACAUAGCCCCGCAUUAUCUCUGGACAUGAAACCCGUGGGAAUUAUGAUACCGACGUGACGCACAGUCACACAUCCACGCACACCCACACACCUACACACACACACACACACACACGCACACACACACGCAGCACAGCGCGGCGGGGAAGACAUCGAGGGUGUGCGGUCCACACCGAUCACAGGAAGGGAGGACGCCCAGUUGUUGUUUGACAAAUCGCGCUAAUGACUGUUGUUUAGAGCCAAGCGGAUUGGGCCCAACAUAUUUUUUUAUUUUUAUUUAUUUUUUAUUAUUAUUAUUUUUAAUGCACUGGAGGCAGCGGAGCGGGAGGCGGGCAGGAGAGUACAGCGGGUGAGGGAGUGGAGGGACGGGAUGCGGGAGACGCAGUGAGCGCGGAGGAGGAGGAGGAGGAAGAAGAAGAAGCAGAAGAAGAAGAGGGGAACCAGGAGGAUUGACGGGUCUCAAAUUGCAGCUGCUGGUGUGAAGUCCCAGCUCUUCCUGCUCAGCAUGGCUGUGUCCCUGUGGUGCAUGGCAGUGGGUGUUCUCACCCUGGCUCAAGUCGCCCCCUCUGGUCAAGCCAUGUCUCGGGCCGCCAUGCCGUUCGGGCUGCUGCGCAGGGAGUUGGCGUGCGAGGGCUACCCCAUAGAGCUGCGCUGCCCAGGAAGUGAUGUUGUGAUGGUGGAGACAGCCAAUUACGGACGCACCGACGACAAGAUCUGUGACGCAGACCCCUUCCAGAUGGAGAACACGCAGUGUUACCUUCCUGAUGCCCUAAAGAUCAUGUCCCAGAGAUGUAACAACCGGACUCAGUGUGUGGUGGUCGCGGGGGUCGACGUCUUCCCAGACCCCUGCCCCGGAACGUACAAGUACCUGGAGAUCCAGUACGAGUGCGUCCCUUACAAAGUGGACCAAAAAGUUUUCGUGUGCCCCGGCUCGCUUCUCAGCAUCCAGCCGGACUCCUCUCUCCUGGAGGCGGAGCAUCAGUCCGGGGCCUGGUGCAAAGACCCCCUUCAGGCCGGAGACAGGCUGUACGUCAUGCCGUGGACGCCGUACAGAACGGAGGUCCUGUAUGAGUACGCCUCGUGGGACGACCUCCGACAGAACAGAGUCACCACCACCUACAAGUUGCCGAGUCGUGUGGACGGCACGGGUUUUGUGGUGUACGACGGAGCUGUGUUUUACAACAAGGAGCGAACUCGCAACCUGGUCAAAUACGACCUGCGCACUCGCAUCAAGAGCGGCGAGGCAGUGGUGGUCAACGCCAAUUACCAUGACACCUCUCCUUACCGCUGGGGAGGAAAGUCGGACAUCGAUCUGGCGGUGGACGAGAACGGGCUCUGGGUUAUCUACUCCACGGAGGCCAAUAACGGACGCAUCGUGGUCAGCCAGGUGAACCCGUACACGCUGCGCUUCGAGGGCACCUGGGCGACGGGCUUCGACAAACGCGGCGCCAGCAACGCCUUCAUGGCCUGCGGCGUGCUCUACGCGGUGCGCUCCGUCUUCCAGGACGACGAGGGCCAGGCGGACAGCCGCGCCAGCAGCAACAUGGUGGUGUACGCCUACGACACCAGUCGGGGUCAGGAGCUGCCCGUCCAGAUACCGUUCCCCAACCCGUACCAGUACAUCUCCUCCAUCGACUACAAUCCCAGAGACAACCAGCUGUACGUGUGGAACAACUACUACAUGCUGCGCUACCCUCUGAGUUUCACACCGCCACCACCAACUAAAGGUCCCCUGUCCUCUCUGAUGACCACUGUGCGGUCCUACACGGCUACGGUCGCUCUCACCCCGGUGCGCCCGUCGGCCUCGCACCCGAUCGGCGUCAUCAACAGGGGUCCGAUCACAGCCAUGGUCCCGCUGACCCCGCGGCCUCCGCUGCGGGUCCCCCUGGCCCCCGGCGGGCCCGGUCAGGUCGGCGGAUGCGAGGGCCGCGUUGCGCGAGGAGUUCAGUGGCCUCCGACUCUGAAGGGAGAGACGGUGGAGCGGCCCUGCCCUAAGGGGUCUCUGGGAAUCGCCUCCUAUCAGUGCAUGUCGUCUCCGGUGGGCUGGAACUCCCAAGGGCCUGACCUUUCCAACUGCACCUCUCCCUGGGUCAGCCAAAUCGCUCAGAAGAUCAAGAGCGGAGAAAACGCGGCCAACAUCGCCGGGGAGCUGGUCAACCUGACCCGCGGCCGGAUCUACGCCGGCGACAUCAGCAUGUCGGUCCGGCUAAUUGAGCAGCUCUUGGACAUCCUGGACUCUCAGCUGCAGGCCCUGAGACCAGCCAACAAAGAGUCAGCCGCACGCAAUUACAACAAGCUGCAGAAGAGAGAGCGAACGUGCAAAGCAUAUGUUCAGGCUGUGGUUCAGAUAGCCGAUAACCUGCUGGGUCCUGAAGCCCUGGUGUCCUGGGCAGACAUGAGCAACCUUGACCAGUCCCGCUCUGCAUCGCUGCUGUUGGACGCGGUCGAGAAAGGAGCGUUUCUGUUGGCGAACAAUCUCUACGAGGGCCGUUUCAGUGACAGAGCGCCUAAUGUCGAUCUGGAAGUGUAUGUACUAAAUACUGAGGCUGACAUACAGGACUUGACUUUCCCACACUCGUAUGACAGCGACAGCAUCCUGCAGAUAUCGGCGCAGGCUCUGCAGCAGUACAGCAACAACGGUCAGGUGAAGUUGGUCCUUUCCCUCUUCAAGAACCUGGGCCCCUUCCUCACCACCCAGAACUCAACUUUGCGUCUGGGACUGGGACUUGCCCAAGGCCAAGAGCCCCGGCGCAGGAGCCUGGUGGUCAACUCCCAUGUCAUCUCUGCCUCUGUGCACAGAGGCACCAACCGGGUGUACCUCACAGCGCCGGCGAUCUUCACUCUCAGACAUCUCCAGCUGGAAAAUCACUUUGGUCCCAACUGUUCUUUCUGGAACGCUUCGGGGGUUUCUGGCAGCGGCAGGUGGUCCACGCAGGGCUGCCGCCUGCUGCACACAAACAACACGCACACGACUUGUGCGUGCAACCAUCUGUCCAGCUAUGCGGUCCUCAUGACUUACCAGCAACCAGUUUUCGGCGCCGGUGUGGAGGAGCUUCUGGUCUACGUGGUUUCCUGGGUCGGCAUCGCCGUUGCUCUUGUGUGUUUGGCUACCUGCCUUAUCACCCUCUGCUGCCAGGGGGCGCCCUGGCACACUGACCACAGCACCAUUCACUGCAACCUGUGGGCCAACCUGCUCAUCACAGAACUCAUCUUCCUUAUCGGUGCCAACAAGACUAAGUAUACGGUCCUCUGCUCCAUCACCGCUGGGCUGCUGCACUUUUCGCUGCUGUCCGUGUUCUGCUGGUUGUGCCUGGAGGCAGUGGAGCUGUACCUUCUGCAGAGGGAAGUGUUCGAGGGACGCAACUCCAGGAGGAAGUAUUUUUACCUCUGCGGCUACUCUGUGCCCGGGCUGGUGGUGGCCGUGUCGGCAGCCAUCGACUUCAGAGGAUACGGUUCAAAAACGGCGUGCUGGCUGCGCACAGAUAACUACUUCAUCUGGAGUUUCCUCGGACCUGUAGCUGUCAUCAUUACGUUGAACCUGGUUGUCUUGGUGAUGACCCUACACAAGAUGCACAGCACUGCUGCACUCAAGCCCGACUCCAGUCGCCACGACAACCUCCGGGCCUGGGCCGUGGGCUCCCUGACUCUCCUAUUCCUGCUGAGCGUCACCUGGUCCUCGGGCUUGAUGUUCCUGUCGGGUCCGUCUCUCCUGCUGGCUUACCUCUUCACCUCCCUCAACACAGCCCAGGCGCUCCUCAUCACCAUCCUCCACUGCACGCUCGCCAGAAAGGGUCAGAAGGAUUACGGCCGAUGCCUGCGUCUCUCCCAGUGCUGCGCCACGUCCUCCUCCAGCUCUCCGGACUCGGUGAAAGGCGCGGCGCUUCGCUCCAACAGCCGCUACACCAGCAGCCAGAGCCGGAGAGCUACGGCGAACAGACAGAGCCGCAUCAGGAGGAUGUGGAACGACACGGUUCGCAGGCAGACCGAGUCCUCCUUCAUCGCCGCAGAUGUUAACAAUACUCCGACUCUUAACAGAGCUGCUUUGGGAAACCAUUUUCUGACGAACCAAAUGCUGCAAACUCAUGCUGGAGCUUCUCCCUAUGACACGAUGCUGGCGCAGGGAUACAAUCAGCCCUUCACUUCCACUGUAGGAACCUUCAGAAACAAACAGAAGGGCGGAGUGUCACAGAGCCAGGAAUCCUGCGCCUUGGACAGUGUUUGUCUCAAUGGAGGCUACACCCCAAACACCUUCACCCUUCAUGGUCUGGGUACAACGCCCGGGUCCCGAGCGGGAGUAGUGGGCAGCGCCGACCUCCUCAGGGAGGGGGGUGUUGGGCUUGGAGGUGAUGACGUCUCGCCGGGGCUCCUCACGCCGCACAGCUCGACAGAUCUCAACAGCGGAGCCGGAAUGCGUCGUAAUCUGUCCGAUGCGGUGGCUCUGGAGAAGAUGAUCAUCUCGGAGCUGGUGCAGAGCAACCUGCGCCCCUCCGUUCCCAUGCCCGUUCCGCCCGAGCGCUAUGGGAGCCUGGCGAGGCCGCAUCACCACGAGAGGCCAGCUCUUACUCACACCGCUACGUUAACCCGCCACCCGCAGCCCUCGCAAGAGGGCUGGUCUGCCACGGUGCAGCCGAGCUCCCGGCAGAACGCGCAAGAGGGCUGGGCACAUGCAAGGCCGCCCGCACAGGACGCCGAGGCAAAUGCCGCCACACGGGGUCAAGAGCAUGGCACCACGCCUCGCUUACAAGAUGACUGGUCACACGGACGCAUUUCUGGAGAUUCCGACACCCAGGAGUUACUCAAAGACGGAGACCGCUCACAGCUGCAAGGUACUCUGGGCAGGCGUGGACACCAGGAAAGGCAGCCGGCUCGACCACCAGAUGUCCAAGCUCGGCCUUAUUCUACCCUAAGCCGCACCCCGGGUACCUUGUCCCGCCACCGCAGCACGGCGGAGUCUACUGGAGGGGCAGAGCGAGACAGGGAUCGCUAUCGAGACAGACCUCUCCCUCCCCCUCCUCCCCCACCACCACAGGAGUCAGAGUCGCUGUACAAGGCUCUGGAAGAGCCACUGCUUAUGAAGCAGAGAGAAGCGGUUGUAGAGGCAUGGAGAGGUGGCCAGGACAGGGAAAAGGAGGAGACAUUUCUGCUGAACAGAGACGGAAUGUCUGACGACUGGAGAGGAGGAACCGAGAGGGGAAGAGACGAGUCUUUUACCUCUCAUAAGCGAGAUGGCACGAUGGAUGAGUGGAGGGCUGGCAUCGAGAGAGGCAGGGAGGAAUCUAAAAUGCUCGAGAAGAGAGACGGACGACUCGAGCUGUGGCGAGCAGGGGAGACAGAGCAGGGGGAGACUUUUAUCACUCAGAAGAAAGACUUUGGUAUGGAUGGUUGGAGAAGUGAGGUAGAAAGAGAGUCGGACGAAUCCUUUUUCCUGAAGGACAGAGAUGGGUGGAGGGCAGGGAUCGAACGAGAGAGCGAGAAACAGAAGGACAGAGCUCUGGAUGUUUGGAGAGGCGGGAUAGAUUUGGACAGGGAGGAGUCUUUCUCAUUCGAAAACAAAGAUGGAGGCCUAGACGGGAGGAUGAGAGGGAAAGACAGAGGGUCUCUGCGGUAUCAUGGCGAGCGACAGGAUUCAGACAGCUUCACCCUACCUUUAACGCCCGAUCUCGACUUGGACCCAGACUCCUCGCCCAUCUACACACGGGAUUCGAACCCGUCCCCUCUAUACCCUGGAGACCGCCGCUCUCCGCCACUGAACAUCUUCUCCCGAAACUCUCCGCCGACAAACAUCUUCGUGCCACGAGAAGACAACUCGCCGCCGGGUAAACUCUACUCCCGCCACUCUCCGCAGGUGUACAGCCGCAGCGGCUCCCCUCCCCGCUUUUACACCCGCACCUCUCCGCCGACUCACAUGUACCCAGACAGCAGCCCCGAAGGCCCAGAAGAAGUCAGCCCUACCAGUGGGCAUCAGCCCCAGCGGCCCACUCUGGAGCUGCCCUACAGCCUGGGGCGCCCGCCGUUAGGCCCACGGCCCAAUCACUUGCAGACCUUCUACCAGCCCCCGCCACUGGCUUCAAACGGAGAGACAGGGUACGCGGCAGAGCCCACUUCUGAGGGAGACGACGGACAGAUGCAGCGGGUGACGAGCCUGUGACUAGGGCGGUGGUGAUUGGGGUAUAGAUACCAGGGAGGAGGAGGAGGAUGUUGACAAUUUCAACAAAGUGAAGACCAAAAAGAUGGAAUCUAAGAUUAUGCUUUAGAAAAAUAACAAUGUUGGACUUCUUUAACAAUUCUGGCAUUUUACAUGAUGGCUCCUCCCUGCUUCUACGCCCCAAUCACCACGAGAUUCUCCCCCUUCCCCGUGUUUUGUUACUUUUGUACGACUGUGAUCCAUUUAUAGCUGCUUCUCCUCCUGCUGCUCCCCUCUUCUGUCUUUCCCGAAACGCCCUUGUGUCUUCCCAUAUCAUUGGUGCUUUCCUUAAUCCGUCCUCGUCGCCUAGGUUUUGCUUCAUCGGCUGGGUGUUGCCCCUCCCUGUAGCAAACAGUGUGUCAAAGAAGCACUUGUGUGUUGCCAAAACAAAACAAAAAAAAGAAAUCCUUUCAAAGAACUCGUGCAUGACUUUAUAGUGGCUUUGCAAGGCUACAUACUGUAGGAGGACGCGCUGAGUGAGUGUGCAUAGCUUGAUGAGCAUGUGUGUCUGUAAGGAUGGGUAUAUGUGCGUAUGACAGAGAAAGUAUGUGUAUAUAAUACAUUAUUGAAUAUUUAAUGUAUCACAUUGAAGCAUUUUAUCAAUACCGACUGGAGGAGCUGGCCGUCUCUCUCCUCCUCCUGAUUUUGACUCGACCCAUUUCACAUCAAGACCAAAAAACUUUUGUUCCCCCCAGAGCUGCCGCGAACUGCCCCGUGGAGGAACUCGCUGACCGCAGAGCUGGAGAUUGUGUAAAACCUGAGAGAUUUUCUGCAAACCCCUCCUGAGAUCCUUGUACAUAUCGACCUCAAGUGUUCUGAUUGUCUUGUAUUGCUAUUGAAGUUCAAGUAAACAUGUGAAAUAAAUGUUCCUGUUUUUCUGUUUGUGUGCACAAAGAGAGAUGGAGGCAUUCAGAGAAAUGAUCGAAAUUUUUGUUAAUAAUUAAUCGAGGAUAAUUUUAAAAAAUGAUCUUCUGAUGAUGAUGUUCUUUUCAGAAACCCUGGAUAGCACAUGAUGAAUUAGAAAAUAUAGUUAUGUACAUUUUAGAGUGGAUAAAUAAAUGCUACUUUAUACAUCUACUGUGGAAUCUGGGUCGAUUUGCCCCCUUUGCCAAUUCAUGCCUUGAUUUCAUCUGUGCAUGUUGCCAGUUUCUACCUGUAAACCGAACAUGUAUUAUCCAUCUGUUUACCCGUUUUAUAUCACUUUGUCUCUUGGUAGUUAAAGGGAUAGUUCAUAAUGACUGGAGUGGGGUUCUGUUAUGAGGCUGAUAUCUUACCUGCAGUCAGUAAUUUAGCUUAAAUCCAGUUGGACCCAGGGUCUAAUGCCGCCACCAUGUCCAAAAGGAUCCAAGGCCAAAAUGGACUCCAGCCCGUUUCAGAAACGGUACAGACGUUUAUGUAUAAACUGUUGUGUUUGCAUUGAGAGUUUAUUUAUGAAGAAGUCAAAAGAGUAUAGACCUGGGAAAUGGAGGUAGGGGGUGGCAAUUUGGGAUUUCUAUGUGAAGCAGAUUUUAGGAGUGCAUUCACACCAGUCCUUUUUAGUCCGUUUUCAUCAAACUCUAGUUUGUUUGCCUAGAAAGCCCGGUUUGUUUGGAGAGGCGUGAAUGUGCAAUCGAACUCUGAUACACCUACAACUUAGGUCUCGUUUUUGAUAAAUGUGAACUCUGGUGCAGUUUGAAUGCACAUGUGGACAUAAACGGACCGGAGACCGCUUCAAAGGCGGGAAGCGGACUGUGCAUUCUGGGUAAACACAACAUAAACAAACGCAUUAGUUUAGCGCAAGCGAAAGAAAAGGCUUGUGGUCUCCUACCAAAGACAAAAGAGAAAUACUCUUAACUAAAACUUCACUUUUGUGUACAUUUUGAGAAGAAGGAAGCUGUGCUUGUCGUCUUGUUCAGAGACUUUCGUGUCGUUUCCUUCAGUAGUUCUUGGCGCAGCGCCACCACAGGUGAGGAGGUGAACAAGAUUUUCAAAGGUUUUUGGUUUGUUUGAGACACUGUAGUGUUAAAGCCACCUGCACAAGCUGAAAAUGUAACAAAUGUUGCAAUUUUAGUCCCCAGUCCAGCCCAGUCUACCAGGUUAUCAGAUGUGAAAGCACUUCUGGUCAGAGUUACUAUCUGAUAGAACAACAUGGCAAUGAUGAAUAAACUGUAUUUUUGCUUAUCACCCCUCUUUAUCAGGCAAGAAACAAGAUAUUUCACUCAGAAAUAUUUCACACAGGCGGAUUAUUAGUGGUGUGGUGCUUCUUCUACGCUGAUUGUUGCACAGUUUCCUGUGUAACAAUCAGCCAUUUCUCUGAAUAUAUCUACUGAAUGCAAAUGGCCUAAAUGAUUAUAAAGCGGUGUUUGCAUAUAUCUCUGUCAUGUUCUUAAUGUGUUCUGAGACGACAGACGUCUUUGGUCUCGGCCUUUCUCUGAUGAGCUGUUAGCUUAAUCUUUGUGAUCAGAUAAUCUGGAUUUAUACUAAAUGAUAGUAAUCUGACACAGGUAAGACAUUAACCCUUUAGAGCAUUUUUUAACAAAACCUCACUUUAAAAUUUCAGUUUGAAUAAGUAUUUUUGAUCAAUAAGAGAUGAAUAAUGAUUAAAUUGGACAAGUCUUACCUAUUUAAUUUAUUGUAUACAAUUUUUUUUUUUAAUUCUUUAUAUUAUACCCUAAUUUCAUUCAUUGUGUGUCUGGUUCUCAUUCGGACCAGUUGACCCAUGAAAUGAGACAUUAUGACUCCUUAUCAAAUCAAAACUAAUUAUGACUGUAAGAUAUUAAUGGCCAAACUGAGGGCAAAGGUCACCAAGGCAGAUACAAACUGAUGGUCGAUACGAGGCGUUCAAUGGCACACUGCUCUUUUACGGACCCAAAAUAUCCGAUCAACCGAAACGUAAAACCAGGAAAGUAUGAAAUGGUGAAGGGAUCUCAUGGCUGACGGUCUCUGCUGUGUGGCAUUUAGGACAACGACUCUGACAUAUUGCAACAUCUCUGUACAAAACAUGAAACGGCUGCAAAACAGUGCAAAAGUCUUAGGUCAUCCUGUAUUUCCACUCUAAGACUCUAAAGAAAAGUCACUUCUUCAGGCUUUCUACAAGUCUUUUAAAUAUUUUCUUUGGAGUCCACUCAUUUCCUGUGCGGUGCUAGUACCUGACCACAGCAGCACGUAAUAAAAUGUUUUCUUUGAAAAAUUAGGAAAAUGCAGAUAAAAAGUUUCUAUGAUCAGAAAAAAGGAGAUGCAUUGUCUUCUAGUUGAUUGAUUACUUGUUGCCAAGAUCUCAGUUUUGUUUGUGUUAAACUGUUUAACCUGUUUUUUUUGUUUGUCGUUUUUUUUUCAUUUUUAGAAAAUAAAGGAAUGGGAACAUCUGAGUUCCUGUGCCUCUUGUAGCAAAGUGAAAACGUUUCAUCACUGGUUCUUUGCUACUUCUUAAGUAGACACAAAACCAGUUUCGCCCAUGAAUUUUGAAAGCUUUUUGGGUGCAGAGGUCAAACAAAUAUCCUUUUAGAUGUUGACAGAUAUUGGGGCUGUUACUCUGUGAAAAAGAAAAUCUUUAAAAGACCUGAAGAAAUAGAAAGAAAUAUUGAUUAAAGCCAUUUUUUACUUAAGAACUGAGGGAUAACUUAAUGACUUUUGCACCAAACUGUACAGAAACCAAGAGAUAAAAAAAGAAAAUUGUUGCUGAAAACAUCCAACGAAUCACUGGUGCGGAUCUUUUUAAUGAAGAUAAAAUUAUCAAUUUGAAAUGAUUAUAGAGCAGCAGUGCAGAACGCAUUCAGUGACAAAUCACUUUAACUGGAAGUUUUAUCAAAAGGAUAACUUUACAAGUUCGAUCGUUGUACAUGAUCAUUACAUUUCUGAGAAAAUUUGAAAAUAUGGAAAAACGACAUUUUCACAGGCAAUAUAAGUAUAAAGAAACUGGUACAUGUGACAAUGUAGCCAUAUUUUGAAGUAAGAGGCGAUGAAAUCAGAGACACCUUGUUCCUGAAACUCCAGUGAUGGAGUUGAUGAGAUUCAUUUUAGGCAGCAGAGAAGAACUCGGUGAAACGAUGAGUUCAGAUAGUUCUGCUGAGAAGAAAGAUUAACUACAAAACUUAAUUUAAAAAUGACUGUGUAUGAUUUUAAUGACAGGAAUAAAGAUUGUAUUACUUCUCUUGAUCAAAUAAAGAUUUUUUUACUAUUAAUUUA